GGUUCUGUCAGUGACAAGAGGAGGUUUCUCCCAGUGUUACACAGGGACUGGGUGUACAGGAAGUGUUGUUCCAGCAGCGAGUCAGGGGGAGUGCUGUACUGAUACUGACAAUGGCAUGGCCUUUUUGGAUGCUGGAAUCUGCACUCAGUGCACAGUUUUUAAAACCUAUCAAGAUUAUGAUACUGACGGGCACUCACCAACUUUGCGCACGUUGAACUGUAAUGGAAGCGAACAGGCCCUGCUUGACUGUGAUCAUACUCGAAUUGGAUAUCGCCAGUGCAAUUCCUAUGGCAAUGCUGCUGUUGCUUGCUUCAAUGAAACUGAUUGUGAAGAUGGAGAAAUGCGUUUGGUUGGUGGAAAUGACAUUGCAGGAGGAGUUGAAAUUUGCAGACGUGGUGUGUGGGGUGUGGUGUGUGACCAUUACUGGGACAGCAAUGAUGCCAGAGUUGUCUGUAGACAUCUUGGACUACCAUCAGAAUUUCCAAGAGCGAUUCCAAGAUUUUUGGAAGUUGGUAGUGGUCUUGCAUAUUCUCAAAGGCUAGUCCACCAGAAUAAUGUGCAGUGCAGUGGGGAUGAAGACUCACUCAUCGACUGUCCUUACAACACUGACGGAACUAGAUACUGCGGUGUUGCUGGUGUUAUGUGUUCAAAUGUGAUACAUUACAAGAUCGACGAUUGUUUAUUGAUUUGUCUUCUAGAGGAAAACAUAUGUGAAGAUGGAACAUUUUACUGCUGGUACAUAGAAGGCGGGCAUUGCUCAUCGAAUAACUACUUGUGUGACUCUUUUGCAAGAUGCUCUAAUGCUCAUGAUGAGGCCAACUGUAGUGAAGUUACAUGCAGAGAGGGCACUGUUCAGUGUCGCGGUGAUGCACUUGCUCCCUGCAUCUACUUGUCUGACAUAUGUGAUGGAAGAGAUGACUGUGGUGAUGGAUGGGAUGAGGAGAAUUGUACUAACACAGAGAGUGAUUAUUAUACUGAUGAUUAUUACUCUGUGCUACAACCUGGAGAAACGAAUGUGACAGUCGAGGUCCCUAUAGUGAAUGAUGACGAAGUUGAGGACAAAGAGACAUUCACCGUCUCUAUUGUGACAUUUUACGGCUAUGAAGCGCAUCCUGAUUUCACGACAGCAACAGUCACCAUUAUUGACGAUGACUUUUGUCCUUCUUUGGAGGACAUUACGCAUGGCUCAGCCACAGUUACUGGUGUUUUGCCAGGAUCUAUUGCCGUCUACUGUUGUGACAAUGGUUUUGAGUUAGUAGGAGAGUCAGUCAGAAGGUGCAUGAGCAACCUGAGAUGGAGUGGAAACAGUACAAUUUGCAGACCUUCCUGUCCGGCACUAAGUCAUCCCGAGUUUGGUUCUGUGACCGUAACUAAAGCAUUUCAAAACUUUGUGGCCAUUUUCAACUGCAACACUGGGUUUGGUCUCUUUGGAACACCACUUCUCACAUGUCAGAAUGGAACUUGGAGUGACAAGUCCCCUGUGUGCAAACCCUCAUGUCCCUCUGCUGCCACAGCCUCUCCCUGUACCACACCACCACCACCACAAGUGACAGGGAAUGUGGAGAAUGUUCGAAGCCCUGGUUGUGGUAGGCUGGAGUGGGAUGCUCCAGAUGGAGGUGUUGGGGGACUCUCCUACAAGAUAAGGUUCUACAGUGGCCAGAGUUUUGGUUCCACUCCCUCAUCCCAGAGGAUUGUCCUCUCCUCUCCUACUAACUCUCUCUCCUUCACUGACCAGGAUGUACCAACCCAGCGUCCUCUUUAUGCUAUUAUCAAAGCUAGAAACAGCAAUGGUGUGCAUUCAUCUUCUUGGUCAACACCAAUAGUAACAGCAGGUAGGUUUUUAAAUUACAAAGAGAGCUCAACAGAAUAAGUGUUCUUGUUUUUCAUUCCAGAGAACGAGUAUCCUUGAGAGACAAAGCAUGAUCCAUCAUUGCUCUAAUUUGCGAGCGGGAGCGAGCCAACCU